AUGGACCGACAAUCGACGACGUUCAUAUUGAUGAAAAUCAUUCGAGACCUAAAUCUUAGUACGAACACAGAAGCUCGCGAACAACAACGUCGAUUCGUCAAUGAACGCUUUCAACGAUCCAAUACCAACAUUGAUCGUUCCAUCAAGUCUUCCGCAACUGAUUUAACCGAACUCAUCGCAAACUUUUCCGAUAUCUACACUUCAAUCGAACAAUCAAAAAGUCGUGUUCAAAAUGUUCGCGAACGCUUACGAGAAUGUAAGAACUUAUUACUACUCAAACGACAAGACAUCCGUAAACUAUGGUUACUAACAUCGGAACAGAAUGCUCUCGUCAAAAUCUACCAAAACAUCGACGAAUUAAAACAUGUACCUGCUCGUUUACAAUUCUACUUGAAUAAACAUUUGUAUCUUCAUGCAUCUUUAUUAUUGUUAAAAGCAAAGGAACAUCAAGAACUGCGUCUGAUCAAUGCUUUAAUUGACAUCGACACACAGUUGAAAGAUGAACGAUUAAGCUUCGAACAUCAACUACGAACAGAAUUGAUCAGUCAACUAUUCGAAAAGCCAUGUCGAGAUAUUCUUGGCAACAAAAAUGUCACCUCAUCGUCAACAAAUUCUUCGUUAACAUCGAACAAAAAUGAUCAUAAUUAUUUAUCUCGAAUUCGUGAAAAUCGUCUGCUGAGAAAACAACUCGAUCAAGAUUUUGAGCUGGGAAAGUUAUCAUUUGAAUUUCAUUCAUUAGCCAUUAUUCCUGAUAAAUACAUGUUAGUUGAUAUUCGCCAUCAAGCACCUGAUCUUUAUCUCGAUGUUCUCUUACAGUCUUUAUCAAUUCUUUCACGUUUGAAUGAAACACUCGAACACAUCCAAAAACAAUUACAUGAACAAUUCCAUCGAAUCGUGCAACGAACAACACAGCACAUCGUCGAUAACAAUUUUGUGUUACAUUCGAACAAUUCACAUCAAAGUCAUCUAAUGAACAAUCCUGAUUGUCUUCGAGAUCUGUUAGAAACAUGCUAUGAACAAUUCAAGAUUGUUGUGAAAAAUAUUGAAUACGUCCUGAAUGUGUUAAAAUUGAUUCAAGAACAUCAAGCAUCAGUGCAACUUCAACAAGAUGCAUAUCUUCAAAUACAAGCCGCAAAGAAUCAACGAGAUCUUAAAAAUCAUCAACGACAGGUUGUGUCAUCCGUACCAAAUACUAUCCAGUUUGAAAUUCCGUAUCUCUUUUCCAUUGAACUCGUUUGGGAAACUCUUCAACAAGUUCUCAGCGAAGUCUUAAAUGAAUACAUUGACUACAACAACACAUUAGAUACAUCAGCAUUGAAUUCGUUGUUAAUACCGAAUGGAACUGAUUACAACAAUCAUCAUUCAGUUACUGACUUUUCACAAUACUUAACGAAAAGAGCUCCACCCCNCUUGUUCUUCAUCGAUACAGAUCCAGAUGAAAAUAUCAUGACAUUGAAUCGUGAUCUAACACGUUUACAAGAAACAUUACAUUCAGCAUUGAACGAAAAGAAGUUUCUGUUUCUUUUCCAAGGUCUUGGUUUUGUUUUAGCUACGAUCUUAAUUCGUUCGGCACCACGGUUUGUUCGUAUUAGUGAGUCAGGUGUGACGAAAAUGUGUCGAAAUAUCUUUGCCAUUGAACAAACAUUAACACAAAUUCGAACAGUUGGUGACGCUGAAUUGAUGCGUGCACAUCGUUACUAUGAAUUAUUGUAUGCAACAAAACCAGAUGAAAUCAUUGGUGUGAUCGAAGAACGUGGACCGGAAUAUACUGAACAAGAUUAUAUACACUUAUUACAAUUGAAACAUCGAAGUUUUCCGGCGAGUGAAAGUGGAAAUUUUGAUUUGAAUAAAUAUGAACAAAUGGUUCGCAAAGCACUUCAUCCAAACAAAGUUGUGAAUGGACAAACGAAUGCAAAACAUUAG